GCCCCCUCUUCAAACAAGCAGGAAGAGAAGUAGUCGAGUCAUGGCGGCGCUUUUCGUGUGUUUCAUGUCCGCUAUUUCUCUGCUGUUUGUUGAAGGAAGUCCAAUUUUAAAUCCCAACAAUGAAACAACCCCACUGGUCAUUUGGCACGGGAUGGGCGACAGCUGUUGUAACCCUCUGAGUAUGGGCGCCAUCAAGAAAAUGAUCGAGGAGCAGAUCCCCGGCAUCUACGUCCUGUCGCUCAUGAUCGGGAAGAACGUCAUCGAGGACACUGAAAAUGGCUUCUUCAUGGAGGUGAAUGAGCAGGUGGCGAUGGUCUGUGAAAAACUAGCGCAGGACCCCAAGCUUCAGGGAGGAUACAAUGCCAUGGGCUUCUCCCAGGGGGCGCAAUUUCUGAGAGCAGUGGCUCAGCGCUGCCCAAAUCCUCCAAUGAAAACACUCAUCUCUGUGGGAGGACAACACCAAGGGGUCUAUGGCUUUCCCAGAUGUCCAGGAGAAACAUCUAAAAUCUGCGACUACAUCCGCGAGGCUCUGAACACUGGAGCCUACAACGACUGGAUCCAGAAACAUCUGGUCCAGGCGGAGUACUGGCACGACCCUCUGAACGAUGACCUCUACAAGAAACACAGUCUGUUCUUGGCCGAUAUCAACCAGGAGAGAGGCGUGAAUGAGACUUACAAGAAAAACCUGCAGAUGUUGGAGAAGUUUGUGAUGGUGAAGUUCCUGCAGGACAGUGUAGUGGACCCUGUGGAUACUGAGUGGUUUGGGUUCCUCAAAACGGGUCAGGCCAAAGAGACCGAGACGCUACAGGAGAGUGUGCUUUACAAAGAGGAUCGUUUGGGACUCGCCGCAAUGGACAAAGCUGGAAAGUUAGUAUUUCUGAAAACUGAAGGAGAUCACCUCCAGUUCACCCGGGAGUGGUUUGUAGAUAACCUGAUCCCGUUCCUCCGAUCUUAAAAAUAAUCUUAAACAUAAUAUCAUUUAAGUCAAAGCUCAAAAUACUGUAACAAAAACACUGGUAACUUUGCACUUUCAUUUUGUAUGAAGCCAGUUUAAUUUUAAUUUAUUACAUUUAAUUUGUCAUUACUUUCUUCAAAGUCAAGGGUUUACAUAUAGGCAGAUUACUACGGCUUUAAACAAUUUAGAAAAAAACAAAUGAUGAUAAAUAAAUACAAAUAAUUUUAGUAAUCCUAAUUGACCUAAAACAGGAAAAUUUUAGUCUGAUUUCAUGUCAGACAGUGAGGAAAAAAGCAUAUGUAUCUUCUUUGUAUAGUGUAUGUAAACUCGUUUCAACUGUAUAAUCUCACACUCGUGGAUCAUUAUGUUAUAAUUUUCUCAGUUUAAAUCACAAAAUUCAUCUAAAACAACUUAAUAAAAGGAACAAGUGCACUGACUUCUGCGUUAGAAAACUGUGGUGCCCAAUGGAAUCUGACGUCACUGUAAACAUCAUCACAACAAAGCACAGAAACAAUCUGAUCAAACCAAGUCAGAAUUAGAAAAACAUGAAAACCUGUCAUAUGCACUUUAAAGGUACACUGUGUCACUUUUGUGGAGGGUCUUGUUCCACAGUCUGGCAAAUAAAUGAUCUAUCUCCGUGGAGACAAGUAUGACUCCACCAAGCCAAGUUACAGGUCAGAUCUGUGAAGAAGACCUAAUGGAUUUAAUGCAUCACCAUGGAGAAGCAGAGCACUGACCCUCCACAGGAAAAGUUACAUAGUGCAUCUUUAACUUUACUUUUUGGGGUCCAGUGAUGUUGCUACAAUCUUUGACUUUUAACACAGCAGCCAUUUUAUUUUUCAUGAAAUUUUAUCUAAUGAAGUGGAAUUAUGAGUUGAGAUAAUCUGAUGUUCUGUCUCAUUUUUAUGCUUUAAAAUGAUUUUAUUUUUGAGGUGAGGAAGCUGUCAAAAUGAAAUAAAAUGUACAAAUGUAUCUUGUAAUUUCUGUCAAUUUACAGAUGUGGCUAAAGUAUCCAACAUAUGGCUUUCAAGUAAAAGAACUGUAUUU